AUGGAAGUCGAGAAUCUUGAAAUAUUUAAAAUCAAUCUAAAUUACUUACGCGAAAAUAUGUCUCUGGUUGGGCAGGAGCCAGUUUUGUUUAGCGGAACAAUACUGGAAAACAUACUCUUUGGAACCAAGGGUAAAACUAUAGAAGACGUGCGAAACGUCUGUGCGAUGGCAAAUGCGGCAAAGUUCAUUGAGUCAUUUCCCAAUGGAUAUGAUACCGAAGUCGGUGAACGAGGUGCACAAUUAUCUGGGGGACAGAAACAGAGAAUAGCGAUUGCUCGAGCUUUAAUUAAAAAUCCUAAAAUAUUACUGUUAGACGAGGCGACCAGUGCACUUGAUGCGGAAAGUGAACGAUCUGUCCAAGAAGCAUUAGACCGGGCGAGAGAUGGAAGAACUUGCAUUGUUAUUGCACAUAGACUGUCCUCUAUACAGCACUCCGACUUAAUACUUUACAUAGAAAAUGGUCGUAUUGUUGAAGAUGGAACUCACGAGGAAUUAAUGCAGUUAAACCACAAGUACGCAGAGUUGUCAAGAAAACAAAACCUCAGCACUUGA